AAUUAUAAAAUGGUGAAAAAAGCGAGAGCCGAAACUUUGUUACUUACAAUAUUUUCGCAGAUUUGGCCUGCGCUGAUUGCCAGUCUCAAUUCGUUCUCCGAUGGCAUGCAGUACGGUUGGUCCGCUCCUGCUUUACAAGUUCUCCAGUCUCACAACAAUUCAAUGCAUAUUGAAAAAGACGACGAAUUUUGGUUGGAAUCGUCCUUCCUGCUAGCAGGACUGUUGGGACUUCCUAUUAGUACGUAUCUGACCGAAGCCAUAGGACGAAGAAACACAAUUCAUGUCGGUUCUGUGGUAGCACUGGCAGCAUGGUGUAUAAUUGGAUUCACGAACAAGCUAAAGUACUUAUAUUUAGGCAGAAUUCUAGCAGGAAUUACUGGAAGUAUGUGCUAUGUAGCAACCAUCAUGUACUUAACAGAGAUAGCAAGACCCGACAUCCGAGGAUUUUUGACAAGUUUAGAUCAUCUUCAAAGUACACUUGGAACGUUGUUCAUUUACUCUGUAGUACCAUUUACUCCAUUCUACGUGCACGCUGUUGCUGGAGCAGUUUUAAGUUUGAUUCAAGUCAUCAUUUUUCCUUUUUUUACCGCAGUCACCAUAUUAUUUAGUACAAAGCGGUAAAACGCA